AUGGUUGUCGAGCUCCCGUACAGUCUUCACAGCCGGUAUGCAUCUAUUGCAAUUGCCUGGACUGUCAUCAUCAUCCCUCCCGUCUUCAUAAAUCUAGGCUUAUUCUACGGUCUCUGGUAUGGCAAGCCAGAAAUAGAUCGCCUGCACGUUUUGACACUCCCAACGGCAGUCCUCGGGAUCUUCACAGCUAUCGCUAUUGUCGACCGCGUCUGGAAACUGACUCGCUCUUCACCAGAAUACCGUCCACUCAACUCACCACGCCACGCUCUCGAUAUCUUCCAAUGGGGCUAUUUUUUGGCUUUGAUCCUCAUUUCCGCCCUGAUCACUUCUGCUCUCGCGAGAGGGGACGCGGAUCAGGACGGCCAUGAUUUGCAGAUUCGUUUGAUCUCAUUACCAGCAGCGGUGCUCAUGUACCUCGUGGCCACUCUCGCCUUGUUGUCAUUGGCUCUCAGCCGCCUUGAACUGAAGCUGCCGUUCCGGUUUGGCAGUCUGGACGCUGGAAAUGUGGUGAGACCAGCAAUAUUCUACAUUGUCGAAGACAUUGUGGCGGUGGACGGCGGCGGCGGGCUAGAGUAUCGCAAAGCGUUCAUUGCGCGAUAUGACAGUAGCCCGAUCUUCCGCAGGAUGAUCUGGGACCUGAGCGUGGUAUGGAUGCUAUACUUCUACGUCUUUGCUGUUCUUCUUACAGUUCUUGUGUUCACGUUGCCGAAAGCGGCUGUAUAUGUAGUUGGGUGGGCUGGCCCAUUUCCAUUUGCAGGUCUGCUGGCUAUUUGGACGAUAUUUCAUGUCAAGUCAGAAUUACGAAAGGAGAGGAAGGGCCCGCUCGAGAACGAAAGGACACCGCUUUUAAGCUGA